UUUUCACAUCUGAAUUUUAUUACAUUGCUUGCCUGAGCAAAGGGAAUUCUAGGGUUUUUGUGUGUACAAAUUCGUUGCUUUGUUUUACAGGUGUUGGAAAAUGUAUUAAAUUGUGCUGCAGGUCAAAUUUGGUGGUUCUUUUUGCAAAGUUUAACGCUGGUGUUUGUGUUGUGCUGAUGUGUUAUUGUUUGGAAACGAGAAUGUUACUGAGUUUUUUGCUGACUCCCUAGAAAUGGCUGCUGCUGCAACUGCCUCUAGUAUCAGAUAUGCACCAGAGGACCCCAGUCUCCCCAAACCAUGGAAAGGCCUCGUAGAUGGUAGAACUGGGUAUCUUUACUUUUGGAAUCCAGAGACAAAUGUAACCCAGUAUCAGAGGCCUUCAAAUUUGGCUCCUCCGCCAAGGUCUUCCUCAGUGCCAAUAAGCUCUUCUGUACAAGUUGAACAAUCUUCAGAAGGACAACAUCGCGAUUGUAGUCCUGAAAAGGAAGAUGAUAGGUAUGGUCGACGGACCAUUGGUGGAUCAAAGCUUGAUGUUGGCUCGAGGAGAAAUCAGAGCUUAAGAGGAGCACCUAUUCAAUCACAUAAUGUCCCAAAUGGAAUAGCAAGUGUGAGACAUGGAGGAUUGUCUAUGAGAGGUUAUGGUUCGUCAAAUGCAGCAGUCAGUUUGUUUCCUGAUGCUUAUUGCCAGCAACAUAAGAUAACUGUGAUUAGUAAAAAACGAAAAAAGGAAAAAUUUGGAGAUAGACCACGAGGACAUGGGAAAGGGGAUGCAAAUUGUUGUGCAAGAAGAAUGACUCAACCGGCAGGAGCAGGAAGUUCAAAAGCUGUUCCUUUUUCUUUGAUUGUAUCUGACCCGGAACUUUUCGAUUGCCCAAUAUGCUUAGAGCCCUUGACAAUUCCUGUAUUUCAGUGUGAAGAUGGGCACAUAGUUUGUUCUGUUUGCUGCGGUCAAUUGAGUGUAUGUCCUACCUGCAGUUUGCCGGUUGGAUAUAUUCGUUGUAGGGCAAUCGAGAAAGUUUUAGAGUCUGUCAAAGUAAGAUGCCCAAACACAAAGUAUGGAUGCAAUGAAACAAUGAGUUACAACCUGAUGAGUGAUCACGAACUGACAUGCCAGUAUAUGCCUUGUUCGUGUCCACUUUCAGAUUGCAAUUUCAUCGGUACACCUGCCAAGUUACACCAACAUGUUAGUGUGAAACAUCGGAAUUCAGUUGUUUCUUUCACAUACAACAGAGUCGUAAGCAUAUCUUUGAAUGUUAAUCAUAAGUUCAUUGUCCUUCUAGAAGAGAAAAAUGCUGACCUUUUCAUUCUCAACAAUAUGUCUGAAUCUGGAGGGAACGUAAUGUCAGUUACUUGUAUUGGUCAACCAGGGAAAAAGGCAGUAGUUUAUAACUUGUUGGCAAGGUCUGGUGGAAGUACGUAUAAAUUUCAAUCGAUAACAAGGACCAUACAGAAAAAGGAAGAAAAAGUGUCUGAUUUGGAAAAAGACUUUUUGUUACCAAGUGAUCUCUUCGGAUACUAUGGACAACUUAACUUAGAGGUCCGUAUAUAUUCAAGAAAGUAAUAUGGGAUUGUGUGAAGAAUUUGGUGUUAUACUUUUUUGUGUAAAUUGAAUUAGAAGUGUAGUUGUUUGUGUUAAUUUUAGUUUAGCAUGGGUAGUGUUGGAGGCAUUGGCAGCUGGUCAACUAAUCAGUUAUAAUUUGGAAAAUAUUUUGAUUGUAUCUUAUCUGUUGUGUCCUGCUUAAUGUUUGAGGAAGUAUUUUUAUUCUGUUAAACAUUGGGUUUGAAUUAACAAGUCGUGUAAUAUCUCAACAACUGUACAACUGCAUUAAUCGAUACUGUUAGGGAGGUAUUACUGUA